AUGCCUGACCUAGGCUAUAAACACAUACAACGGAACAUCGUAGAGCUCAUUAAAAAUCCACAUUUCCACCUCCAGCUUCCGAAACUAUCAGACGACUCAUGGAACAAGAUGUUACGCGACAGCCUUGAGCGCGACAGACUUGAAUUCCUCGGGGACGCCCUUAUGACUUCUUUCGUUGCGCAACGCUUGUACAGGUUCCUAAGCGAGGGGACAGCUCACUAUUACUCGCAAGCGCGGAGCGCCUUGACCGCAAAUGCGACGUUUGCUCACAUCAUGGCUCGCCUUGGCCACUUCGACAUGGAAGGGCCAAUGAAACCGGCUGGCGACGCUUUUGAAUCGAUCAUAGGUGCCUACUACAAAGAAGGCGGUCCAGAGGCAUUACAACAGUGGCAAGAACAGUUCUUCCCGCUGAUUCGGUGUGCCGCCAAAGUUUGUCGCUCCAUGGAAAAACCCCAGACCAGGUCCAAAACACGCCACAAGUCCAAUCACAUACUUUCUAGGCUUCGACGCCCACCCACUCCGAACAUUAUCUCCCCCUUGCGCAACCGCAAAAGACGAACGCAUUUAAGUGUACUUCCACCUUCACUGGCAGUGGGGAGAAUUCCGAAGCCCGUUCAGACCCCCGUUUCGAAGUUACCGCCUCGGGUCAUCGACCUCACAGCAGAAAGUGAGCCUGAAGGCUCCGCUGAGAUUGUUGAGAUUUGUGCCCAGGAUUUUUGUGCAUCCAAAGCUAGGACAAAAUCCUCUUCCCAACUUCUAAAUACCGUCUCGCACGCUUUACCCGCAACACCGGCACCGAUACGGAGACUUUACACGAUUUCGACACCAGGUGGCCCGAAUAACCCCAUAGCUAUCGACGACUAG